AUGACAGCAACUUUAAGAACAACAAAAUACAUGCACUAUACAUUGCCCGACAGUAUUGGCGAAGAAACGAUCGUAAAUGAAUACUUUAAAAAAGUCGAAGCUCAGUACUGGCAACUGAAGCAUUACCUUAACUAUCGUCUUAGAAAUGAAAGAGUAAUCAUACCCUGGGUACAAAUUUAUGAAGAUUGCUUUGAAGGUGUUUCGGUCCUAGAAAGUUGCAUGCGGUGGUAUAAUAAAUUCUAUGAGCGUAAUUUCGAAUUGCAGUUCGCAGAAAGAGUACGGCAAUUAGAAACAGAUAUAUUACAUUGUAACUUUUCAUCUCAGAGAAUGGCUGGAUUAACAAAUGAGAGAGGUCUAGUUGAACCGCAAUCUUCAAUGAUUAGUGCAACAGACGAAGAUGGUGCAUCAAUAUCACCCAGAACGUGUUUUAACAAUAAUGAAACAAGUUCAUGGGAAGGUUGUGAAAAAAAUUUAAACGUUGAUCAAGAUCAGGAAAUUAAAGCCGAAGAUGAAAAUGAUAAUACGAUAUGUGUGAAGAGUAUCCUAGAAGACACGAUUAUAGCAUCAAAAGUUGAAAAAGAACUCACCGAUUUAUUUUUUAAAAACUUCCCUAAAACGCCGAUUAUGGAUUUACGUCCAAAGUCAAAACUUUCAUUAUCUCUUAACCCUGACCUUCAAAAAGAAGUUUUACACGAAAUAUUUGAUUAUAUUGACAACAACUAUAUAACAAACGAAAUCCACGAAUAUCUUAUAAAUUUUUUCAAUGAAGAUCAUAGUGCUCGAGGUUGGGAUGAUGCUAUCAACAAUACAAUCAUUAGUAAUACCGAUUCAGAUAUUUUAAUGAAUACAAAAAAAUUAAUUAAGGAAACAUUGCCAAAGUUUUUAAAGGCUUUUUCAUUAACUACUCUUAACCCAUUGAGAGACAUAACAAUAUUAGAGAAACCGCACUUAAAUCAGUUCGUACACCCAAUUAUAGACUCGGCAUUGUGGAUCUUUGCGAAAGUUAAUUAUAUAUACGGAGAAAUACCAUUGAAAGGUAUGAAAACUAAAGUACGUGCGGACGGUGUAGGAUUUCUUAAUGACGUCAUCAAUUAUCCCAUUGUCUGCGGUGAAGGGGCGAGGCCUGGAGCAUCACAACAAAAAAGUGUUGAUGAUGAUGUAAAAAAUGCAAAAAGUAUGGUAGAACUUUAUAAUAAUAUUGUCAUUUCAGAGGCUGAUGCUCGUCGACAACUAUUUACGGACUUAAGAACAUAUGGAAUUACUGCGUUCAAAACUGAGGUUUCGUUAACUAUGAUGGAUUUUCGCAGCACACACAGAUUGUUCGAAGUCGAUAAUUUCGGCCUACCAAGGGAUUGGGCUGAUAUGCCAAACUUUGCAUGGUUAUAUGAGGCGGUAAUAAAAUGGGCAUUAUGCGUUAAUGCAACACGUGGUGCGUUAAUUGAUCAUAGAAAGAAAAGAAGG